CCCCCAAAGUUCCCAAGCGACAAGCUGCGAAGCGAGCCCUAGAAAAGCUGCUUCCUUUCUCUAUUAAUGGGCGAUCAAUUCCCUUUAUUUUAGGGUUCAAGAAAUCAAACUGAAUCGCGGAUGUUCUAGUUAGAUUCAAAUUUUCUAUUGUCUCCAUACAUAUCGGUGGCUUUUCCCUUCAGUGUCAAUAAUUCCGCCUGCUUGGGUGGAGGCACCUGAGUCGUUAGUGAAAUACCAGAAUGCCAAAGGAGAGAAGAGAUCGUUCCGUCUCACGUGAUAGGUGCCGAUUUUCUCCAUUUCCAUGCAGCUCUAGUAAUAGAAGGCGAUCACCCAAGAUUUCUUCUGAUUCUGAGGAAAAUGUGAAAGAAUGGGAAGAAGCCAGGUGCCCUGUUUGCAUGGAGCAUCCUCACAAUGCAGUUCUUCUCAUUUGUUCAUCUCACGAUAAGGGAUGCCGCCCGUACAUGUGUGACACAAGCUACCGCCAUUCAAAUUGUCUAGACCAGUUUCGCAAGUCCUUUGCUGCAGAUACUUCAUCAACAGUGCCACAACAAGAAGAAAAUCAAGUUCUAACAGAAGAAACAGUACCACAAGAAGAAGAAACUCAACUUUCAACCACAGACACAGUGCCGGAACAAGAAGAAACUCAGCUUCUGAACACUAACUUGUCUCCUGAUCAGACCUCAGAAUCAACAGUUACUGUGGUGCAAGAAGAAAUAACUGUGGAGGGGUCUCUCACUUGUGAGCAUCAGAUCCCGCCAAAGCUUGUGUGUCCCCUCUGCCGUGGGCAGGUAAAAGAAUGGACUGUUGUAGAUUCUGCUCGUCGUUUCAUGAAUGCAAAAUCAAGAAGUUGCUCCUGUGAAACAUGUAGUUUUACUGGAACUUAUACAGAUCUCAGAAAGCAUGCAAGGCUGGAGCACCCUCAAGUGCGUCCAUCAGAUGCGGACCCUGAGAGACAGCGUAAUUGGAGGAGGUUGGAGCGUCAAAGAGACCUUGGUGACCUACUCAGCACACUUCAAUCAUCAAUGGGAGAUGAUAGGAGUGGUGAUGAAAGCAUCUUACCUAUUGAUGAUGGUGGUUGGCUGACUGUAUUCUUCUUGAUCAGAGUUUUCAGACCAGGAUCUUCUUCAAGGAGCAGUAGCUGGUCUGGCAGCUCGAGAACCAGAGCACAGUUAAGUAUCAGAAGAAGAUCGACCAGACUUUGGGGUGAUAACUAUGAAGAGGAUACUGGAUCUUCUUCAAGAGAAGAAGAUAAUGAAUCUUCUGAUGAUGGAUCAGGUCCUUGGACUCGCCGUGACCGCGUCAGGCGAAGAACAACGCCAGACAACCUGCCAUGACGGGGGAAGUAUUGUAGCAUCUGGUUGUGUUGCUAUCAUCUUCAGCUUUCAAUAGCGGAAUGUGGGAGAAUUUAAAAAGGUUUGGAAUAUGUUCUACUGAGUGUGGAACAAUUCUGCGUGGAGUAUGGAAUGUGUAUCAAGAGAGUGGGAAAAGAAUUGUAAUUUAUUGAAACUUUCGAUCAAUCUAUGAUAUUUUCUUUGGCAGCUUUUCUUUCACUUCCGCUGCAAUUACCGAACUUCCUGUUUUAAGGUGUAAACCAUUUAAUAAAACGUGUGAUAUUCCCGGGCAAGGGCGGUGUAGUGGUUGCUAUUCAUGUUUUUUCAGUACAUCAUGUGGUGCUUCGAGUUCGACCUUUAAUAGACCGUUUCCAGAGCUUUAUGAUGGUUAUGUUUCUAGCCUUACGACCCAGCUGAAAUUGGCUCCAGCAAUUUUGUCACCUCUGUUGGCCCUCAGUAAGGAAGUUGAGAACCUCAAAAGAGUAAGAAGUUGAAAAGCAAAGAAGACUUGCUUAACCUGUGGCAGCUUACAAUAUGCAGACCUGCGUUAUACUUUCGUCCCAUAAAUUCUAAGCAACAUUAAAUAUUUGUCUGGGUAGUAUUUUUUAAUCUAUUAUGAAGUUUGUGGUA